AUGCAUGACAUGUACUUAAAAUCCAAAGGUUUCGCUUGGCGGGAUUACGAUGAGAAAUUCCGUCGUAAUCAGGAUAGUAACCCCAUCCUGCCCGCGGGUUUUAAGGAUGUCGAGGUGUGGUUGGAGGUCACACAGCAGGUUAAGCCCGCUCCGGACGCCACGGUCAAGAAGCCCGGGGCGACCGGGGCUCCGGGUUCCCGCUCGGUGGGAAAAGGAAAGUGUUUUGCCUACAACGAGGGCAAAUGCGCCAAAGGGGUGAAUUGUCGUUUUCGCCACUCGUGUAGGUUGUGCGGGGCCAGUCACCUGGCCAAAGAUUGCACCUCGGCGGCGAGCGGUAAACCCUCCGCUCCAGCCGAGGCCGGGGGAGUUGGCAAGGUACGUUAUCAGUCUUUUGAUGACGCUCUGCACUUGGUGCGGGACUGUGGUCCGGGUGGCCUGUUGGCAAAAUUGGACGUGGAGUCGGCGUUUCGACUACUUCCACUGCAUCCGGAUUCCCUGCGGUUUCUGGGUUUUAAACUGGGGGACAAGUUUUACGUGGAUCGGUGUCUCCCCAUGGGUUGUUCUGUCUCCUGCGCCUACUUUGAGAGUUUUAGCACGUUUUUGCACUGGUGCGUCCAGGCCGCCUCCGGCCAGCUCGGGGUUGCUCACUACCUGGACGACUUUCUCUUUGUGGGCCCAGGGGGCAGAUCGAUCUGUGGGGAUAUUCUGUCGGUGGCUAGGUCCUUGUUCGAAAGUUUGGGGGUGCCCGUCGCACAGGAGAAGUGUGAGGGCCCCUGCACUUCUCUUAGCUAUUUAGGAAUUGAAAUAGACACGGUGGCGGGUUGCUGUCGCCUCCCCGAGGAUAAAGUGCAUAAGCUUUUAGGUUCGAUUCAUGAUUGUUUAGGCAAACGCAGGGUGCGGCUUAAAGCGCUUAAAGGUUGGGCUAGGUUGCGUCCGGCGCCCUCGGACUCCCGUAGACCCGUGACGUUGCAGCUUCUAACAGAGUUGCUGCGGGUGCUGCCUCAAAUUGCGACCUCGGAGUUCGAGGUGGCUUUGUUUAGUUGCGCGUAUGCCCUAGCCUUUUUUGGGGCUUUCCGAUGUGUGAUGUCAAUAUAUAUUGCAGCAGAAGCCCUACCUCCCCAACCCACGCCAGCACUCCCACCCCAACCGCAAGCCCCACAACCACAGCCGGCUCCUCAUCAACCAAGGCAACGGAGGCGUGCUAGGCCACCAAUUUUCCGAACCCGUGUCCUACUUUUUGGGAUGCCAGAUGAUGUGGUGGUGCGUAGAUACCGGCUGCCACCACAUCUAAUCCUAGACACUCUCUCCAUAAUAGAGAGUGAUCUGGAGUCUGAAAUUCGGUAUCCUACAGCAAUACCACCAUUGACACAAUUCCUUGCAGUGUUACAUUUUUUGGCUACAGCCUCAUAUCAGCAUGUUGUGGGAGACCUGGUUGGCAUGUCGCAGGGCCAGUUCAGUAAGGUCCUGCGGCGUGUCUGCCAGGCUUUCCUAAAGCGGGUGAAGCAGUUCAUUGAUAUGCCUUUGGAUGUUGGUGCCCUAGAUGUGGUGAAGCGGCAAUUUGCGGAAGGUGGUAGUCGCUUCCCACAUGUUAUUGGGGUUGUGGAUGGCACACAUGUUGCUAUUCAGCCACCAAGACAUAAUGAAGAAAUUUUUAGAAACAGGAAACUGUUUCAUUCUCUGAAUGUAAUGGUUGUUUGUGGGCCAUCCCUCCAGAUCCUUUCCCUGAAUGCAAAGUUUACUGGAAGUUCCCAUGAUGCAUAUGUCAUUAGACAAUCAGGGAUAUGGCAGAGAUUAAGAUCAAGUCAACGAGCAGACAUGUGGUUAUUGGGAGACCGUGGAUAUCCUUGCACCCCCUGGCUCAUGACUCCUUACCGUAAUCCCAGGCCAGGACCACAGAUGGCAUUUAACUCCGCGCUUACUGCCACUAGGCAGCUGGUGGAGCGCACAAUUGGUGUCCUUAAAGGGCGGUUUCGUGUGCUCCACCGCACUGGUGGCGACAUCAUGUAUUCGCCGGAGAUGGCAAGUAAAAUAGUGGUCCUGUGCGCAAUACUACAUAAUAUCGCGGUAAGGAGUAGUGUAGAGCUUCCUCAGGCAGAGGAAUUGCCUGAUGAGGAGCCAGGGGUUGGUCCACGCUUCGGUGGGGGGAGUGUGACACGGAGGGGGAGCCAAGUGAGGGCAAGAAUUGUUGCAGAAUAUUUCAGCUGAAUGAUCACACGAACUGUGGACAACAACAACGGCAAAACUCACCACCCCCUUCCCCUUCCCACUCCCCCUCACCUUCACACUCCCCCUCCCCUUCUCACUCCCCCUCCCCUUCUCACUCCCCCUCCCCUUCACAGUCCCCCUCAGCUUCCCAGUCCCCCUCAGCUUCCCAGUCCCCCUCAGCUUCCCAGUCCACCUCAUCUUCCCAGUCCACCUCAGCUUCCCAGGCCCCAUCAGCUUCCCUGGCCCACUCCACUUUCCAUUCCCCUUCUCACCACACCUCUCCAUCUCUUUCUGGGACCCCUUCUCCUCCUUCCCAUACCCCUUCUCCUUCUAAUUCUACAUCCCAAUCUGAACCCCCCACACCCUCUAUUGCCUUAACUUUCUCUCCGCCCCCCUCGCCCUCUCAAUCAGACCCCCCCUCUGAAAUUGGCAACCAAAUCCAGCCUCCUUCCCCCAUCCAGCCUCCUGCCCCAAUCCCUCCUCCUUCCCCAAUCCCUCCUCCUUCCCCAAUCCCUCCUCCUUCCCCCAUCCAGCCACCUUCCCCCAUCCAGCCAACAUCCCCACCCAGUGAAUGGGCAGAGGAAGCCCCUGCAGACCGGUCCGGGAGUCUUGAGGUUGCCGUGGAAAGUAAGUUUUGUUUUAUAAUGAAAAAAAUGAUUACCCACUUACACUUACAAUGUCAAAACAUGCAGUGUUGUACUGUUUGAAUUCUUGGACCCUGGACAAAUAUUUGAAAAUUUCAUCAUGGUGUACAUGUUGCCUUUACAUAUUUGUGAGUGUCAUUAUAUGUACAGUGUGUAUGUGUGCAAUGUUUUGUGUGUCCACUCUAGGUUGACACUCAUUAGGUAGCCAGGGUUGCCAGGAGAACAGGGUUUAUAUGUGUUAGUUUUUCUGGUAAACAGUUAGACCUGAGUGGAGUUUAGUAUGUUGUUUGC